UCCUGUUUUAAUAUUUUUUAACCUCCUAACAUUUUGAUAAACCAACGGUUUUACUGCGGCAUACAACAUGGGUAAGAUCACCGUGAGAAAACUGCAUCGAUGCAUCUCACUUUGUGAGCUAACGUAAGACGUUUAUGUUCAAACGUCUGAUGUGAAUAAUUUUGUUGUUGUUGCUAGUUUGACAUUUAAAACACAUGACAGCAGUUUGUUUUGGUUCUAUGCAGCGUUGAAAGCACGUGCGAAACCGGCAGGAUACAAAAUAAUUCAAUAAAAUCAUGCAGAAACAACGGAAGUUUAAUCCGAAAAAUGUGUCUCAUAAAUUCGCUGGCCGUAAGAAAGUUCACAAUGUGUCAUGGCAGCCAGUGAAACUAAGCGGUCCCGUGAUUGCCGAUGAAGGUGCAGAUUUCGGUGGGUUUGUAGGGCUGGAGAUAUUGGAGAACUAUUCUGGAGACUUUGUGCGACAGGAGCAAAAGAAGGGCAAGAAAAAUGAUAAACCCAAUGGCAGGAAAAAGAAAUCGAAACGUAAGCGUUCUGCAGAUAGUGAUGAUGAAAGCGAUUCGGAAGAGGAGAUUGUAAGCAAGAAAAAGGCAAAGAAAAACAAAGCAGAAAAACCAAGAGCAGCGGAUUCUACUGAUGAAGAUGAAGGUGAUUCUGGUUUCGACGAUCAUCCAAAGAAAAAGGAAAAAGGUACGAAUAAGGCCCUUGUCACGAAAGCGAAUGCGACCGAUAGUGAAUCAGAUGAAAACUACGAGCAAGAAGCAGUUUCGACUUUUUCAAUGUUGCUGAAACCUUCAACAAUAAAACAAACACAACAGAAAGUGAAGGAUACUGCGAAGGAAUCUGUCCCAAUCAUUUCUUCCAAAAAUUCCAACUCAAAAAAACAGGCCAAGGAAUCGAAACAAAAUGUUACUUCUAAAGGGCCUGUGAAGUCCAACGAAAGGCCAGAAAUCAUUUUAACAAAAUCAAAGGAAAAUGACACCGAAGAAGAGAAACCGAAGCCGGGGUCAUAUUCCAUCGUUGAUUAUAUGGCCUGGUUUAAUCUUGGUGUUUCCGAACCAAUUGUGAGAGCGCUCGCCGAUAAGGGUUUCAAAGUACCGACCGAAAUCCAGAGCCAAUCGCUUCCGGUCGCCAUUCACGGCCGGCGGGAUUUACUUGGAGCUGCCGAAACGGGAAGCGGUAAAACGCUUGCCUUUGGAAUACCGAUGUUGGAAGGUAUUAUGCGGAUGAAGAAAAGCAAAGAGCUGGUCCCGAAUGAUUCGCGUGAGCACGAAUUGACGCCGCCACCGGAAGAUUUUGAUAUGACGGAGGAGGAUGAACAAGUGUUCGCCGAAGCAGGCCAAACGGUGCAAAAGAAUUACGCCGAUGCCGACAAACCAUUGUACGGGUUGAUACUUACACCAACACGCGAACUAGCGGUGCAGAUCAAUGAUCAUUUAAAAGCUGUUGCGAAGUACACCGGCAUCAACAUCGCGACCGUUUUCGGUGGAAUGGCUACGGUCAAGCAGGAGCGUUUGUUGCGCAAGUGUCCGGAAAUUGUGAUUGCUACACCUGGUCGACUGUGGGAGUUGAUACAGAGCAACAAUCCUCAUCUUUCGAAGGUGGAAGACAUCAGAUUUCUCGUUAUUGAUGAAACGGACCGGAUGCUGGAAAAGGGACACUUUGAUGAGCUGAAGGAGCUGUUGGAGCUUAUUAACGCAAACGAGGACGCGAAGAAGUUACGGCGCAACUAUAUCUUUUCUGCUACGCUUACCAUGGAUCAUGAGAUGCCGGAUCAUUUGAAAAAAAAAGUAAAGAAAUCGAAAAACUCACUCAAGCAAACGCCCGGCCAACGUAUGAAUAAUCUUAUCGAAGUCAUCGGUAUAACCAAUCCGAAGAUCGUUGAUCUGACACAACAUCAUGGCACAGCCCGUACGCUAACCGAAUCGCGUAUAUUGUGCCAGGCGGAACAAAAAGACUUCUAUUUGUACUACUUUCUCGAGCGACAUCCGGGCCGCACGCUCGUGUUCUGCAAUUCGAUCGACUGCGUUAAACGACUUGUGUCCCUGUUUGACUACCUAAACUGUCAGCCGCACAGUCUCUUCGGUAGCAUGCAGCAGCGCCAGCGGUUGAAGAACCUUGAGCGUUUCACAGCCAACCCGCGUGCAUUGCUCAUCGCGACCGAUGUAGCAGCGCGCGGUCUAGACAUCCCCAACGUGGACCACGUUAUCCACUUUCAGGUACCGAAAACGACCGAAAACUAUGUGCACCGUUCGGGACGUACGGCACGUGCAAGCAAGGAAGGGCUCACGCUGCUACUAAUCGCACCGAACGAAGUGAAAGACUACGUCAAGCUUAACCAGGAUCUUGGUCGCACGGAGGAUUUGCCGCUGUAUCCCACCAACGAGCGGAUGAUGAGACAGGUGAGGGAACGCAUUCUGCUGGCUCGUGAAAUCGAGCGUACCGAUCUGCAGCAACGCCGUGAAGGUGCGAAACGUUCCUGGGAGGAUCAGGUGGCGAAGGAGUUCCAGAGCGAUUCAGAGGUAGAUAGUGACCAGGAGGAGAUGCGACGAAUGGAAGAGACGAAGCGCAAGCGUCUAUUUAGAGCGAAGCGGUUAGAGCUUAGCCAGCUGCUUGCCAAACCGAUCGUAGCUGAUCGGAUCGAGUUGAACUAUCCGUCGUUGAACAUUGACGCAGCGAAGCGCUUGCAGACGGAGAAAAAUCAGUCCGCCAUUAGCAUCGUGCGUAAGGCAGAAGAGCAGCGAAUUAUUGAGAAAAAGCAACGAAACAAGAAGAAAAGAAACUAACCAAGACACCAAAACGCGGCGGUGCGUUGGAUUGGAAUUUGCAUUUGGUACUAAACUUUAAGAAAUGGAAAAUUUACAUAUUAUA